CAUGUAUAGUGGUGCAUACAUACGCAUGCCAAGUUAAAUGGGAUCACGUCAGUUGAUUGUAGACCCUGAAUGGAACAUUACCGCAAGCCGCAUUGACAAUUAGUUUUGUUUUGUGUGGUUAGCUUAAUUCUCAGUGUGCAGUCAAUCCAACAGAGUUGAGGGCAGUUUGUGAAAAAGAAGAUGUCGAUUACUAACUUCUGCAUUUUACUUCCUCGUGUUUCACUUACCCAGAGUUCCCCAAUUACUUGCUCAGUUUGGGUGUUUUCUCAGGCUAGCCAAGGCCAAGUUUAUCGUGCCAUUAAUGAAGGGUUUAUUAUGAAGACAAUGGAUGGGCAGCAGGAGUAUGCCAAGUUUGCUCAUAUACGGCGCAGGAGAUCCACUGAUUUUUAGGGCAAGCUGGAAAGCAUUGUUCCAGACACCGAA